UGUUGCCCGCCGUUUUACUCACAUUAAGAAGAAGACCGCAUUCACAGCUUCCGCUGUUUCGUAGCUUUUGUGUCAAGAAUAUUAUCGCUUAUUUUCAAGACGAAGUAGGGCGAAAGCUGAACUUCAACAAUGGUGAAGAUUUUUGUAGGAAACCUGCCCCGAGAGGCAGAGCAAGAAGAAAUUAAGGCCCUCUUCUCAGAGUAUGGUACAGUCACCGAAUGCGACAUCAUCAAGAAUUUCGCUUUUGUCCACAUGGACGAUCGCAAGAACGCCACCAAAGCCAUCAAGAAUCUGCAUCUCUACAAGCUCCACGGCACACCAAUCAACGUGGAGGCCAGCCACGGGAAGAACCAGGGUGCAGUGAAGCUGCACGUGGCAAACGUAGAAAAAGGAGCUGAUGACGAGCUGCGUGCGCUCUUUGAGGAGUACGGCACUGUCUCGGAGUGCGCAGUUGUGAAGAAUUUUGCUUUUGUACACAUGCCCAAUUCUGAAGAGGCCAUGGAUGCUCUGAAGGGUAUUGACAACACUGAAUUUCAAGGGAAACGCAUCCAUGUGCAGAUUUCUAAGAGCCGUCCCAGGUACGAAGAGCAGGAAGAAUACCCACCCCCUCCUCACGAGAGGGGUGGCUACUGGCCUCCACCCUAUCCAGGAGAGAGGCCCGUGCCUCCCCCUCCUGGCUAUAUGAGAGGACGUCUGAGCCAUGUACCCCCAGGUUACCCCGCCCCACCCCUGCCGCCCCCACCCCCUAGACGUACCGUUUAUCCAGAGCGUCCCUAUGAUGACAGAUACAGUGUGGUAGAUUAUUAUGAGAAGUACAGAGCCCAUCCGUAUAGCGUCACCUCUUAUGAAGGCCAACGCGCUGGUGCUCCUCCUCCCCCUCCCCCUCCAGCCGUCGUCCGAGAUCGUCUAAGGGUGGCGCCGCUCGAUCCGUAUGAGCGUCGUCCCAUUCCACCACCACCUCCGCCCUCAUACUACGCCCGAGAUCGUAGCCCCAUCAGGAGAGUGCCUAAUGCGGCGAUGGCCCCCGCUGCUAAUGGCUAUUCCUACGAUCGCUCCCGUGUCUCUCCGAGUACCAGGGUCCCUCCAUAUGGAGUUCCUCGCGCCAGGGACCCAUAUACGGAACGGCUGCCUCCGCCACCUCCUGCACGCUACGCUUAUUAAGUGAAGUCCUCGUGUGUGAAAUCAAGGAUCGUCGUUCGACUGCGUCGCCGCACGCCGCCUCCUGAUGCACGUGGCGCUAUUCCCUUCAUGUCUCCACCUGAGCGCGUUACGUUCCCCUGCAAUGCUCACAGGAGGAACCGAAUUGCCGGCGCCCAUGUCUGUUAUUAUUUUUGGGACAGUUUUUACACUCGUGUUUCUUUUUCCUCCUAAUUGUUUUAGCUUUGUCAUUGUGCUCCAGUAGUUUUAGUAACCUGACGUCUUAAGUUGGCCGUUCUUGUUUGUUUUAUUUUUCAGUUUGUAACUUGACUUUCAGAUUAAAGUUCUAAUAUUGUCUGUGACUUUAGGAAGCUGAAUCCCUUCAGCAAACAGUUUGUAGGCGAUACUUGUGACUGUAGGUUUUACUAAACGUACUCAUGUUGAUAUUAAAUCUAAUCUGCACGUUGGUUCCAUCAGUUUUCUCACCGAACGUCUAAAUUCUCAACCAACGUUAACUGUCAGUAGCCUAGUUACCGCAAAUCGUGUACAUGCAACUGUCCAUCAUCGACCUUGUUCUCAAUAAAGAACCGAUUUGUGUACUGAUGUUAAUGUUACAAAUGUGCUCAGUCAUACCGAGCGUUAAAACGCAUUCUUCUCCUGAGUUCACUCAUGCUCUCUCUCUCAAAAAAA